UAGUUUAAUUGUUUGAAAAAUCAUCUGGUUUUUAACUAGAAGCCUUCCACAGGUCAAAUUUGAUUGAGUAACCCCAAAUCUGGCUAAAUAGCCUUGGAAAAAGGUUUAUUCUGAAUAUUUCUUAGAGUAAAAUGCUAAAGCGUAUUGCCCUGAGAUGCAUUCAAAAGCGUUUUAUGAGUGACGAGCCUCCAAAGACAGAAUGCAAGGAAUGGUCCGAGAUGAAGGAAGCCGCCUUGGAGCUGAAGGAGGCGGAACAAGCACCGUUGGAACAGAUGGAAACGUCCAACGAAAAGAUUGAAGUCAAACAGACUGUAAAUAUGUCACAUUUGGAACAGUACGCUGAGAUGUACUCAAAAAAUUCGACAGCAUUGAUUAAACCAGUUACAAAAAUCGUAACGCAGCAAGGAACCGACAACACUGGUUACUGGGAGAUGUCGUUCGACACGAAGCAACGCUGGGUCAACCCAACAAUGGGAUGGUGUUCCAGCGGCCACUCAUUCUCCAACAUCUCGUUGUAUUUCCCCGACAGAGAAUCUGCCGUAAAGUUUGCACAAGAAAGAGGAUGGAAAUACUCGAUCGACUCCGUCGUAGAUACCAAAAAGACAAAAUUCAAGGUGAAAAGCUACGGCGCUAACUUCUCCCACAACCGCAGGACGAGAGUCAGUACAAAAUAAACAAUAUUAAA